AUGCCUUCUAGUCGACGAGGGGAGCUGCAAGGGGUGCGUGAUUUUGCCUUGAAGCAUGGCUGGAGACGUUGGGAGUGGACUCGAGCAGAUGUGCGUUGGGCUUUGAACUGGAGGUCUGGAGGGUUCGGGCUAGGAACUGGAGCAAGGAGGCACUGGUUUCAGAGAAGGCUCGACGUUGGCCUUGCGCAUGCAGGCGCUAGAGCGGGCCAGAAGGUCAAGGCGGGCCUCAUAUACUGCACGGGCCUGUGGUGUGAUGAAGUUGAGUCGGUGGGCCUGGCAAACGCAUGCUGGGCUAGAGGCGCGAGCUGCGCCGCGACUGAUGCUGGGCUGCGCGCUGGUGCAGCUGCUGGGCUGACUCCCUCCGACUUGGGCUAA